UUCAUAUAUGUAUGCCACGGAAUAUUAGUAUCCUGACGACCCGUUUCAACGAUCAGUUUGAUAGCAGCCGCUGAGGAGAUCAUAAAGCAAAUCUUCGUUCAAAAAGGAAGACAUCCUGCUAUCAGCCACCUUGUUUUCAAGUCCACGGUCCUCUGAAACUGUCGACGAGGGCUUUCUUCUGGCGCCGUGAUCCUGCGAAGACAGCAAACGCUAUUCACCAUCGCUGAUUCAAGUUGCAGAGCAUCGGGAGUUAUUUUUCGAUAUGCUUGCAGUGUUUUUGUUAUUAAUACCAGCGCUCUGGGGGGAUGAAACCGACGCUAGUGUUCUUGUAGCAGACAUGACAAUGUCCAGAAUGGUUGAAUUAAACCCUGACGCACCCUUUUGUACAUUGUACACCGAUCGUGGCGUUAUUCAGAGAAUGGUCCUUGGAGCCGAUCCGAAAAAAGUCCGACAAAUGUCAGCAAACCUCGUAGCAGACUUGGAGGAAACGUGUAAAGCUUCCCGUGAUAAGGGAAAGAAUCAGCCUCCAGGUGGUGGACUGAUCUAUCCAGGCACAAAAUGGUGUGGACCAGGCACUUUGGCAAAAUCGUACGACGAUCUUGGUCAUCAUGCAGCCGAAGACGCUUGCUGUAGAGAACACGAUCACUGUCCAAUCACAGUGUCGCCUAAGGAGUGCAUUAAUGGUAUAUGUAACAAUUCGCCAGUCACACGGUCUCACUGCGACUGCGAUGCCAAGUUCCGUAGAUGUUUGCAGAAGAUUAAUUCAGAAGUGGCGAACACUCUCGGUGCUCUUUUCUUCAACGUGAUACAAGUGACUUGCUUCAAGGAGAGGCGUCCGUGUUCGCAAUGGCAGAGAAAUGGUUACUCGGAAUCAGUAUCCAACCGGUUGUGCUCCCAGUACAAAUUCCGACCAAGCGACAAAUAUGUGCCGCUAAUGCCUUUGAACAUAAACUAGCUAUUGCGGAAACGCAAGAAGGAACCAAACGGACCAGACAACCUUUAAAGCGAUGCCAGUUAACAGAGUUUUAAUGAGCGGGAUUAUUGUACGCGCUUCAGUCGCGUUCCUCGUGCACCCCUUCUCUUUCUUUCAUGUUAAACCGAUUUGUCUGGGAAUCGAGCAACAAUCUUCUUUCACGGUUAUUCAUGAAUUUAUAUUGUUACAGGUCGCUGUUCCUCUUGGAAUGCCAUUUUUUUCUUGUUGACGUUUGCUCAAGGGAAGUUCUUCAUUACUCCGACCAAUUUUCCUACAACAUUCUCAGUUUUAAUUUUUAUAAAAGAGUAAGAAUCUCUUUCGAAAUUUUACUUCUUAACUAAAUCGAUAUCAUUUUAGCUUACUUAAUAGAAACUACAAAAAUUUUUGAUAAUAAGAAGCUAAAUUAGAAGGUAAUGAAAGGAAUCCAUAGGCUCACAUUGGCCAGGAGAAACGGCUAUGCAAAUGUUAACACCUGUCGUCCUUGUAGCUCGGUUUGCAGUGUGUGCGAGGUUAACGUGUGUUCCCACGAAAAUUUAUUUUAUCUUUUGUUUCGCGAUUAUAAAAUGAAGCGCGCGAAGAAAAAGUUGUGCAAUAUUUAGAAAGCCGUUGAAAAAAAAAUUGACACGAAAUUUGAAAAAAAAAAAAAAAGACUAAAUGCAUCGUAUUACAAUUAAAUCGAAUUUAUAUUACUAACGAAACAAUGUACAACUCUACUGCUCAAUAUUACUCUUUUAACGUUUUUGCAGCUUUAAAGGUAACAGUUUAGGUGACAACCUUCAUAAAAAGUGAAAGCGAAAGCGAAAGUUAUUAAUCAUAGUACAAAAUCGAGGGAAAUCUGCUUUUUUGGUAAAUUUAAAUUAAAGAUUAGAGAAGAAAAAUAAUUAUUGAAAAAUUAUUGCUUGAUUAAAUGCGAUAAAGGAAGGUUUUGCCGAAACAAGGUUCGGGUCUCUUGCAUAUCAUUUACCGCCAUUACUGUCGCUCAAAUGCAUGCAACUGCAUGAGAAAGUGUGGCAUCAGUUCUUUCCUAGAUUACGAUUUUCCAUCUAGUUGAUGCGGAAGUAAUUGAAAAAAAAUUUAUUGAAAAUGUCACAAUUUAUUGCAUAUCACUUCCGCCAAAAUGGCGCCACGAAUAAAAAUUCCAGGAAAAUAUUAUUUGAAGUAUGUUACAUUCGUUUCUGAAAUAAGAAAUCGUUAUUGUUGCUACUGUAUCAACUGGAUGGGUUCACAGCGUACCAAUGAAUUCCAUAUUUACGAUUUUUCUAUCCUCUUUGACAGUUUAGAUUUUGCAUUUAACAAAUCUCUAUUUGAUUCAAGAUAUUUUUAAGGUCGUUUGUGUAUCUUACGAAAGAUAAUAUUAACAUUGGAAUUCAUGGAAGAUUAGUCUCGAACUGCUCAAAAUAAUUUGAAGAACACUUUCAUCUCUUGGCUUCACUUAAUAUUUUACUCCAAAAAGGAAAGAAUACGAAUUAUUUUGAGCAGCAUUUGAAAAAAGGAGAAAGAAACAGAAUGACAACGACCCUGCACAAUCUUUACUGUGAUUGAAAUUAUACAGACAUAAACAUAUUGUACAGUUUUACUUGUAUAGAGGUAUGUUAUAAGCAACCGUCCAUUAUUUGUGGUUACUCGUGCCCAAAUAAUCGAUGAGACCUGGAGAGAACCGGAAGUUUUCGCUGGACGAUCAAAAAUUAUCCGGACUUUGUAAAUAUUUCGAGAAGGUCAGCCGGGAAAGCGUGCAAUCGAUUGAGCGUAUUAUAUUGAUGUCAUAUUGAGAAUACUUCGGUGACAUUUCAUUUCCUGAAGACCUUCGAUUGACUAACGGUACGGUAGAAUCUACAAAUUCGAAGCAAAGUAAAAUAAAACUUGAAACAUGUCAAUUCCAAAGAUGAAUAGUUAAAUUGAUACAGUUAAAUUGUUAAAUCUUGUUCUUAUUAUAUUAUUCUUACAAAUAGAAAGCUAAGUUUUGCAACAUUCAAUAUUAAAUCAAUAACUUUCAUAUUAAUAGCAGUAUUAAUAAAUUUCAUAAUUAGAAUUGAUGGUUCAAGUUACUAUUUUAAAGCAUUUAAUAAUAAAAAAAUCAGUUUGUUCAUGGAAAAUAAAAUAUUCAUAAAAUAGACAUAAUAUUUAGUGAAUGAAACAAACUUCUAUUUGUUAUUUCUUUACUUGUCUUUCUUUAAAAAUACACAUUCGUCAAAAUGUCCAAACCCAGUUAUGGAUUGAUUGUACCAUUUGAGAAGAAUUUUGUCAUCUGAAAUUUAUUUUUGAACAAACUGAAUUUUCGAGAUUAAACUGUACCGGUGAAUGUGAGAUGGAUAUGUAUGGAGUAGUUUUAAUUAGUAAGUACAAUUUUUAAUUAGUUUUUAAUUAGUACGUAUAAUAUCACGAUAUAUUAGUUUUUAAUCUGUGCACACAAUAAUUGCUUAUAUUACAUUACUUAUAUAUACAUAUUAUAUCUCCCAAAGAAUACGUAUAUUACAUAUCAUAAAGGAAAUAAUAUUAAUUUUGCACGAUGCUCUAUAAUUAUAUUUAUCUUGGAAAUCUUGCAAAACUUUGAAUGGCACUAUAUAAUUAUAUACUUUCAUAAGUUAUCGAAAACUAGUUUAAGAUAUAUUUGAGAUGUUAUAAACUGCAUCUGUAUUGAUUUGAGUUAAAUCAAAGACCAAGAAUAUUGUGAAAAAUAAACAACUACCUCUUUA